AUGGCACCUCCUCGACCUACCUUGGACAAGCCCUGGUCCUCAUACUUGGGCAUGGACCCCCUCAUUGACGGCCCCAUUGAUGCGAGUCAAGCGGAGGCGAUUGUUUGGCUGGAUAUUGAUAAUACAUUGUACUCGCACAUGGAAACACGGAUUGCUGAUUUAAUGAUAGACCGUAUUCGCAAUUACUUUAUGUCGCUUGGACUCGAUGAAGAUGAGGCCGAGUACCUGCAUAAGCACUAUUACAAAGAGUAUGGUCUUGCGAUUCGCGGGUUGGUGCGGCACCAUACCAUUGAUCCGCUUGACUACGACCAGAAAUGCGAUGUGUCUUUGCCUCUAGAUACACUUUUGAAGCCAGAUACGUCGGUGAUUCAGCUGCUUCAAUCACUCGAUCGGAGGAAGACGCGCGUAUAUGCUCUGACCAACGCUUACAAAGUGCAUGCACGCCGUGUACUUUCUCUUGUUGAGCUGGAAACCUAUGUAGAUGCUGUGGUGUUUUGCGACUAUGCGAACCCUGACUUUUCGUGCAAACCCGAGCCUGAGUUCUAUCUGGCAGCGGAGCAAGCUGUUCAAGCAUCGCCUCAUACACGUCACUACUUUGUCGACGACAGUGUGGCCAACGUGCGCAUGGCCACAUCGUUGGGUUGGCACUCGUGUGUCCUAUUUGAUGAGACGUUGCCGGACAACGCAUCGCGGACACGCGAAGAUGGCGUGCCGGUCAUUGCUGCGCUGCCAGAGCUACGUACGCUGUGGAGUGAACUCUUUGCGCCUGGCAGCGCUUCGUAG